UGUGCCUGAGAGCGUUGUCUAAAAGCUCCUUGAACUCUGCAAGGCUUGGUGCUGUGGCCACUUCCCCGGGGAGCCUGUUCCAGUGCCCAACCACCUCCCCUGAUGCAGCUUCAUGGCAUUACCUUGGGUUGAAAAGGAUAUAUAUAUUUUGAUGUUAAGGAGUUGUGAAAUCCAAGAUAAAACAGUAUCUUUUGGGAGGAGACCUGCAAAAGCAGAUCAGUUAUUUCAAGAUGUUUUUCAUGCUGUGAGCCUGGUGUGGGAGAAGAAUAUCUAUGGAAUGAAUUCAGCUGGAUUGAAAGUGAAUCAGAAUGGCUGCUGUCAUCUCAGAUAGUCCUCCGAACCCAAGCUGCAAAAUCAUGACUUUUAGGCCUUCAAUGGAUGAAUUCAGGGAAUUCAACAAAUACUUAGCGUACAUGGAAUCACAGGGUGCUCAUAGGGCUGGAGUUGCAAAGGUUAUCCCACCAAAGGAGUGGAAACCAAGAAAACAUUAUAAUGAUAUUGAAGAUUUGGUGAUUCCUGCUCCAAUUCAACAGAUAGUCACUGGCCAGUCGGGGCUUUUCACACAGUACAACAUUCAGAAAAAGCCCAUGACAGUGAAGGAGUUCAAGCAACUGGCCAACAGUGACAAAUACCGCACCCCAAGAUACACAGAUUACGAAGAUCUGGAGCGUAAAUACUGGAGGAACUUGACUUUUGUGGCACCAAUAUAUGGAGCAGAUAUCAAUGGGAGCAUUUAUGAUGAAGGUGUUAAGGAAUGGAAUAUUGCCCAUCUUAAUACAAUAUUGGAUGUUGUAGGAGAAGAGUGUGGAAUUUCUAUCGAGGGUGUAAAUACACCAUAUCUGUAUUUUGGCAUGUGGAAAACAACAUUUGCAUGGCACACUGAAGACAUGGAUCUCUACAGUAUUAAUUAUCUCCAUUUCGGGGAGCCAAAGUCAUGGUAUGCUAUUCCUCCAGAGCAUGGGAAACGGCUUGAAAGACUGGCUCAAGGUUUCUUCCCGAGCAGCUCUCAAGGAUGUGAUGCUUUUCUUCGCCACAAGAUAACUCUGAUUUCUCCAUCAAUAUUGAAAAAUUAUGGAAUUCCUUUUGGCAAGGUUACACAAGAGGCAGGAGAAUUUAUGAUCACUUUCCCAUAUGGAUACCAUGCAGGAUUUAACCAUGGAUUUAACUGUGCAGAGUCAACAAACUUUGCCACCAUUCGAUGGAUUGAUUAUGGGAAAGCAGCAAAAUUGUGCACUUGUAGGAAAGACAUGGUGUCAAUAUCCAUGGAUAUCUUUGUGAGGAAGUUUCAACCAGAUAGGUACCGGCUGUGGAAACGAGGCAAGGAUUUAUAUACCAUUGAUCAUACGAAACCAACACCUGAAUCAACACCUGAAAUAAGGACCUGGCUACGGAGAAGAAAGAAAAUACAGAGCUUUCCGAAGAGCUCCCAGCACCCCAGAUCUCAAUCUAGAAAGCUUAAAACUCCAGAGGACAAGAGAGUAUCUGCUGAUGCAGAAAUCAUCGUGACUGAAGCAGCUACUGCUGGCUUCAAGGUCAGUGAAGAACCUGAAAAAAAAGGGAGAGUGAUAAACACAGGAGUGCCUUCUGGGGAAGAAGAAAACAGUAGUAGAAUGCAGCUGGAUCAACAUUUGUUGGAUCAUGUCAAGGUUGCAGGAAGCCUCACUUCAGACUCAAUUUUGAGCCCUAUUCCUGUAAAAGAGAAAACAAAAAUGGAAGAUGAGGACAUACCGUACCAUAAAGCAGGGGGACAAACUGCUGAAGCAGAAAAUCCAGAUAAACAGGAAAGUGUCUUGAUAGAGGAUGAUAUCAGCAACCUAGAGAACUGUGGAAGUAGUUUGGAACAUGGAGAAGUACCCGUUGUAAAAAAGGAUGAAGAAGAUGGCAUGGAAACAUGUAGUAGUUCAGAGGAAGUUGCAAGAAAGAAAAUAUCUAAGAGUUGGCGUCAUCCGCUAAAUAAACCACCAGCUAGAUCUCCCAUGACUUUGGUUAAACAACAAGCAACUAGUGAUGAAGUUCCUACAGAUAUAAGAACAUCUCCCUUUCUGUGGCCUCCUGUCCACAUUUUAAAAAACAGUUGCUUGACUAAUGGGUCACCUUUGAGCUUAGUUUCUGGAGAUGAACUGCCUGAGACUACCUUAAUUGAAGAGAAAGUUCAGGAGACAGAGGCAUGGGCCAGGCCUCUGGUCUACCUUUGGCAGACAAGAGAACCCAAUUUCAGUGCUGAAAAAGAAUACAAUGCAGCUUGUGCAAAAAAGGAACCUCACUGUGCCAUUUGUGCUCUUCUCAUGCCAUACUAUAAGCCAGACAAUCAUGAUGAAGAAGGUCCUACUUUCAGGGAAGCAAACUCAGCAGGAACACUGAUGGCAGAAAAUGAAAAGACUAAACCUCUUAUUCCCGGGAUGUGUUUUAUUUAUAGUGAAGAAAACACUGAAAACUAUCCAUCAAAUGCCUUUAUUGGAGAAGAUGGAACAAGUCUUCUGAUUUCCUGUGCAAAGUGUUGCGUACGGGUUCAUGCAAGUUGCUAUGGCGUUCCUUCUCAAGAAAUCCAUAAUGAAUGGUUGUGUUCGCGAUGCAGAAAAGAGGCCUGGACAGCUGAAUGUUGUCUCUGCAAUUUGAGAGGUGGUGCAUUGAAGCAAACUACUGACAAAAAGUGGGCACAUGUAAUAUGUGCAAUUGCCAUCCCAGAAGUCAGAUUUGGUAAUGUCACAGAGCGUACUCCGAUAGACACUAGCAGAAUACCUUUGCAAAGGUUAAAAUUGGGAAGAAAAAGAGAAGUAGAGCAAUCAGUGUGGAAGCAGGAAGGGAGUUGUGGUGAAAAAUGUAUCUUCUGCAGACAGAGAGUUAAGAAGAUCUCUGGUGCCUGCAUUCAGUGUUCAUAUGGACACUGCACAACAUCCUUCCAUGUUACCUGUGCCCAUGCUGCAGGAGUGCUGAUGGAACCUGAUGACUGGCCAUUUGUUGUCUACAUGACAUGUUUCAGGCACAAGAAGAACCACAAUGUGAGACCUAAAGCAUCUGAGAAGACCAUUAGAGUUGGACAGACAGUCAUCACAAAACAUAGAAAUACACGAUACUAUAGCUGCAGAGUGGUGGGAGUGACAUCUCAGCUUUUCUAUGAAAUAAUGUUUGAUGAUGGCUCUUUCAGUCUGGAUACUUUUCCUGAAGACAUUGUAAGCAGAGAUUGCCUAAGGCUGGGUCCACCUGCAGAGGGAGAGGUUGUCCAAGUGAGAUGGCCUGAUGGAAAAGUGUAUGAUGUGAAGUAUCUGGGAACAAACACAACUUAUAUGUAUCAGGUUGAGUUUGAAGAUGGUUCUCAAAUAGUAAUGAAGAGAGAAGAAAUAUAUACACUAGAUGAAGAACUUCCUAAGAGAGUAAAAGCACGUCUUUCUACAGCCUCUGACAUGAGAUUUGAAGACACAUUUUAUGGAUCAGAUAUUAUCUUGGGAGAGAAGAAGAGGCAGAGAGUAUUGAGUUCUCGCUUUCAGAAUGAAUAUGUGGAUGAUCCAGGAUACCGCACAUUCUUAAAAAACUCAUUCCAGAAGAAAUGCCAGAAGGGGCUAUAAAGGCAGCAGAUGAAGAGAGAGGGAUGUUGAUUAAAAAGCAUGCAACAUUA